AUGAGUGUCAAUAUCGUGCAGUUAUAUGGACCCGGUCUAUCCUUUUAUCUAGCUCACGGAAAACCUUCAGCACGAAUGAAUGCGCCCGUGGGUUCGUCCGGCAUGUCACUUAGGGAUGUCGCUGUUUCCUCUGUGAUGAGAUCCAAGAGGUCAAUCGGCACCCUGGAUGAAAGAAACACAGACAUACUAACCUCGAACGUCUGCCAGAAAUACUCAGCGACUCUGAAGGCACUGCACGCCAGCAACGAGUUACUCGAAGGCAAAGCAAGAAAGCUAAGCAACAAUACUGUUCUGCUUGAGCUUGAUGUUAUGAGAGUCCAACGCCACAUCAAAGCCUUUCACGGGGAGCUUCUGAUGACAUGGCAAGCCGAUAUCCUUACGCGUCUCAUCGAGGUUGUGUACGAACGGAGUGGGUGGAAGAUGCCGGGAGGUAUCACCUCCAGUUCGCAUGCGGGCAUGGAUGAGGCGAAAGUUACUCUGAUGUAUAGGACUGCGGCGCGGAAGAUCAAAAAGGAGACGUUGAGGAGGAGGUUCAACCUUUCAGUGCAAUACUAUCUUGCUCUGCAAAGGUAUGACGAGUUUUGCUGGUCUUUGGUCUUCUCUUCGUCUUACCUCAUUGUAGGUUGUCUGUUUUCGAAGCACGAAUCCGUUUCGCUCAGAGCGCACGUUCGCUCGAUGGUUGAUGUCGCAAAAGGAGAAUCACGCUCGAACCGGUCUGUUCAAUUUCUGGGCAAGAUUGUUUCCCUUAUGCUACGGUCGGACUGUAGACGAAACAACUGA